CUAGAUGUCCUCUUGCCAUGAAUGAACAGCAGAGCCCGGCUUCAACGUCAUCUUUGAGCAACGACAAGGACUCUUCUAGUUCAGCGUCUGAUGACUCAGAUGAUCCAUAUGAUUAUAACAAGUGUAUGAGACUUUCUUUCCCCUCUACAGUCAUGCAAUCGUGGAAGUCUUUCUACCGCAACCAGGAAAUGGUUGAUAUCACUUUACUUAUUGGCGGUAGCAAGACAGAAUUCAAAGCUCACAAAGUGGUGCUGUGCGCACACAGUGACGUCCUAAAGAAAAUGUUGACUAGUCCAAUGAAGGAAGCUCGAGAGAAUACAAUCAAGUUUCCUGAAGCUGAUGAAACAGCAUUCGGAGCACUUCUUGAGUUUUUCUACACAGGAAAUGUUCCAGUCGACAAACCCUUCAUAUGUCAACUCAUAGAACUUUGUGAUUAUCUUCAUAUUCCAAAUCUCAAACAACAUUGUUGCACAUGGUUGCAUAAAAAUCUGGUAGCCGAAGAUGCAUGUGAAUAUCUUAUGUUUUCCACCAAGCCGUCAGCUGAUGAGCAGCUCUAUAAAAAUUGCUUCCAAUGGAUCGAAGAUCACGCUGCUAAAGUUCUCUGCACAGAUGGUUUUGCAAAGCACAUGACGGCAGAAGAAGUACAAAAGAUAGUCGCUAGUAACAGCCUGAAUCUAAAGGAAAUUCAGUUAUUUGAAGGAUUUAAGCGAUGGAUUGAACAUGAUGUCUCAAGACGAGAGGAUGGUAAAGAAAUAGCAAAAUUUCUGCGCUUGCCAAUGAUGAACGUAAGCGAUUUGAUGGGCUGUGUGAAAGCCAGCGGUCUUGUCCAAUCUGAUGCUAUACUUGAGGCUCUAGAGUCGUUGCUGCAACCGUCGGUUGACAAUCCAUAUGAAAUCAACUCACUUCAUGCCAAUUUACGUGUGCCAUCUGCACGUCUUGCAAGUCUUAACUCUCCUUUCGUGUGGAAAUCUUCUAAACCUGUCUCAACUGAGCGUACAAUAUCUAAAUCUUUCAACCAUACUGUUGUAAAGGGUUCACAAACAUUGAUGACAGCUGAACCGUUGCCAAUCCCAAGUUGUGUACGUAUCCAGCUUUCCACCAAAUCAACACUCAAUCGAAGAGCUACUUUUGGAAUUGUGAUUGUGCCUCGUGACACAAAUAGCAAACGACUUACAUGUGGUUUGAAUCUAAACGGUUCUACUCUCAACACGUUUCCUUUGCCCAGCUCUGUUUUGAUUCAAGCAGGAUGCAUUAUGGCAUUAAAAUUUCACGUUACCACCAAACACAUUUGCAUACACCUCAAUGGCACUCCAGUAACUCAAAUAGACUAUACAAAACUUGCUGGCUCGCAAUUUCUUAGCCCAAACGAUGGGAGGCGCGUGUAUAUUAUGGUCACAACACAUGAACUUCAAGCUCCAGCAAACAUGUCAAUGAAAAGGGAUGAUGGUACUCGUUGUGAAUGUGAAUCGAACUAAUGUGUCUACGAUAUUCUUUUGCUAGCUAACACUAUUGUCAUGACAUGUUUCGCUAGCUAAGUUUCCUAGAAUAUGUAGGACCUUCACGUAGCAAAUUUUUGAUGGUCAAUUCUCUAGUUUUGCUAAGCAUGUACAUAUAUGUCAAUAACGUGAUCAGUUAGAGAUUCUAAAAUC